AUGGCGAAAGAUGGCGAUAGCACUGUCGUGAACACCAAGCUAAGGACGAAGAACAGCGCUGGUGAGGAGACAGGCGUAGGAAGCAAAAAGCGCAAGGCAUCAACUGUCGUCAUCCACCAGAAUCAAAAUGGCGAGAGCAGCAGCAGCCCUAUGAAGAAGAGGAGGGCAAACGAAGACAAAGAAGAAGAAGAAAUCGACACAUCACGACCCACUGCAGUCUUCACCCCAAAAGGGGCCCGCGACUGGACAGUCAGCAUCGCAUUGCCCGGUAGCUGGCUCAACAACGCCAAGAAGCCCGAUCACAAGACUGCUCAAGUCGGUCGGAUUGCGCGUGCUGCAGCUGUAUUCUGCGUCGACGAGAUUGUGGUUUUCGACGAUGAUCCAGUCAACGUCCCUAGCGUAGUGGCUCCGAAGUACAUGCGCAAGAAGGGGAAGCAGCUGUCUAAGCAAGAAGUCAUGGACUCUAUUCUGGAAGAGGAUGAGCCCUGGCAGAACCCGGAUCAGUUUCUCUACCAUGUACUGUCAUAUGCAGAAUGCCCGCCUCAUCUCCGCAUGAAGCUCUUCCCUCGCCACAAGAACCUGGAGCAAGCAGGCAUGCUGCCUAGCAUGGAUAUGCCACAUCACCUUAGAAGUCAUGAGUGGUGCCAGUAUCGUGAGGGCAUGGUCAUCGGCCCAGCUCCAGCACCUGCACCGACACAGAAGGGCAAGAAAAGUCAAGAUACUCUAGACUACGCCUACGUAGAGGUUGGCCUGCCUUACCCCAUCCGCGUACCCAUUCCUGCAGGAUCACCGGUCGAAGAAGGCAUGCGCACCACCGUGCGGUUCAGCAACCCAGACCCACUAGCAUCAUGGCCCAACAUGUCAAAGUCUGACUGUGAUUCCAUCGAUGCUAUCGCCUGCGCGAACAGCCUUCCGCGUGAAGAAGGUGGUUACUACUGGGGUUACACUGUACGCCGCGCCCCCUCGCUUUCAUCAGUAUUCUCAGAAUGCGAGUAUCCUUCCGGCUACGACUACACGAUUGGAACCUCCGAACGCGGUAUACCAAUACACUCUAUCCUGCCCGACAACGCUUCCUCCUCGCAUAACAAAGUCCUGGAGCCCUUCAAACACCUUUUGCUCGUGUUCGGUGGCGUUGCAGGCAUCGAGCCAGCUGUAGCGAACGAUCCGGAGCUUGUGGCGAAAGGAUUGGGCAAGAAGAACGCGGAUACACUGUUUGACAAGUGGGUCAAUCUUGUGCCCGGUCAGGGCAGUCGGACUAUUCGCACGGAGGAGGCGGUGGAGUUUGGGCUUUGUAGUGUCAAGCCGUGGGUGGAUUCGAUGUACGAUGUCUAG